AAUGGAAAUUGGAGUUCAAAAAUAAACAGAUGAGGAAAAGUAAGCAUAACCAGGAUAAUUCAAUAAAUUAGAUGAUAGUGGUGAUAAAAAGUAAACCGGAUACUGCGGAUUUCUCACAGUUGAGUAUUACUACAAUUCUAUAAUAGAUAUUAUACUCCAUAUUUUAAUGUCACAGAGACAGAUGUUAUAUAAAGAAUCAAAGCUACAUUUCUUCCUUUUCGACCAGAUUUUCUUAAUAUAACUAAAGAGAAUCCAGAUUUGUAUUAUUGUAUAUUUAUAAUAUAGAUGGGGACCAAUAUGGAUUAAUGCUACUUUAAUUUUUUUGAUUACAGCUAUAGCAAAUUUAAGAUAAGUAGAUGCAGAAAAAGAAAAUCAAUCAUUUGAGGUUGGUUAUGUUCCUUAAGCAACAGCAUUACUAUAUAUAAUUGCAUUUGGAACUCCAGUCAUUUUAGCUAUAGUAAUGAAGAUCUUAGGAGUUGACUUGAGUUUCUUCUAAACCAUUUGUUUGUAUGGUUAUUCUAUGUCAACAUUGUUGCCCAUUACAAUUUUAUGUUACUUUUAGAAUGAAUUGUUUUUGUGGUUAAUUAUAGCAUAUGGAGUUGGAAAUUCAAUAUUGUUUUUAAUUUUCAAUUUGAAAGAGUAAAAAUAUAUACCAUAAUAUUAGAGAAUUAGAUAAAUUAUAGAUUCAAAAGAAGUACAUCAUUAUUGGCAUAGUAGUUACAAUGCAAUUGUCUCUCUACUUAUUUUAUAAAUUAGUUUUCUUUUCUUAUGUAUCAGAGGGAAAAAUAGAAAUGUCAUCUGCCACAUAAGGAGAAAAACAACCUGGAAAUUGAUU